AUGAUGAAUAUCUUUCGUCUUUAUGCUGAUGAAAAAUCAGAAUAUCAAUCUAAUGAUGCUAUUCAAUGGUAUUUAAAUAAUUUAUUUCUUCAAAAAUUAAUAACUAAAUCAUUGCAAAGAAAAGACAUCGAUCAACUUUAUCAAUUAAGAUAUUUUCUUGUUGAUCUUAUCGAAAAUUGUGUUAGUCGUCAACAGAUGAAAUUAUCAAAACAUGAAUUAAAUAAUUUCAAACAAAAACAAGAACAAAUAAUGUCAAUGAAAGGAUUUCUAUUAGUAAAGCAGGAUUUUUUAUUACCACAACGAUCGGAUUUAGUCGAUGUUGACUUGGAAAUUAAAUGUAAUCUAAAAGAAUAUCAGAAUAAAAACGAAGUUUUAUUUGAUUUGAAUACAACAUUUCAAUUGGAAAAUACCAAAGAAAAUGAUCAAAAAUUUCUUAUUCGAUUAACUGCAGUUAGUUAUGGACAUAUAAUUAAAGAAAAAUAUCUUACAGAUACAUAUCGACAAAUAAAAAAUUUAAGUAUUCCAAUUAUUUUUAGUAAAUUAAUGUGUGAUAUGAAUGAAUGGAAUCAAUCAAGAAAAUAUCUUCAAUAUUUAUUAAUUUAUUCAAAUGAACAAGAUUUACGAUGGAUUGAAUAG